AUAGGUUUGUGUAGAGUUUAAAAUUUUCUGCGUAAAAAUUAGUUUGAUUUUAUAAUACAAAAAUAAUGAAAUUUAGUAAAAUAAUUGUUCUAAUUACUAUCGUAAUAUUAAGCAUGUUUAAACCUGGUCAAGGCAAAAGUGAUGGCAAAAAUUUGGUAUAUAAAGAUUUCCCCAGAUCUUUUAAGAACUUUUCGAGAGAAAAGAAUCUAGAAAGUCGACCCUAUCGCAACACAAAGCCACAGGAAGCUGUUAAUAACAACAACUACCUUCUACCUCCCGUUAUAAAAGAUUUUACAGGGGAACAUAAUUUCAAAUCAACAAAUACCAAAACAAACAUCUAUGAUUUAGCCCAGAAACUUUCUUUCAACAAAAACCCUUUAAAAUUAUCAAAAUCCCCGACUCUUGAAACAUCCCACAGCAAGGAAAACAAUAUUCCCUAUAAAACUAUCAAUUCUCAAAAAGUCUAUUGUCGUCAGAUAAUGAAAAGUGACCUGAAUACCCAAGGCAAUAUAAUCGAUAGUGUACAGCAUAUUUGUGAUCCUCUGCCUUUACAAACAACAUCAGUUAAAACUACAUUUAGACAGAACCUAAAAACUACCACUUCCCCAUUUUCCACAACAAUUUAUGCCGCCAAGGAAAAACGUUUUGAACGCUUGGUAACCUCUACACCAGCUAGAGGUUACAAUUGUCGUCGUGUUAUGAACAGUGAACUUAAUGAGCGAGGAGAAAUUGUCGAUUCUGUUACGGAGGUAUGUGAUCCUCCCACCACUACAACUACUACGACACGGAAGCCAACAAUGACUACCACAACUAAAGCUACCACCACUACGCCAAAACCAUUGGUUAAGGUCUGUCGUCCCGUUAUGAAUAGUUAUCUAAGUGAGGAAGGCGAAAUAAUAGAUUCGGUGACGAUGGUUUGUAAUAUGGAAAAGGUGGAUUGAAUAAAUGUAAAUUUUUAUAUAGAAAGUUA